AUGAAUAACAAAACAGGUUACUUUUUACAGAACCUCAGACAAUUCUGUACUUUAGUUCCAGCAAGAACUGUGAAGGUAGUAGAUCCUUUGGGAUUUUGCAGAUCAAAAAUUGUUCAUCCAAACUGGAACCCAAGAAAUCUUUUCUUAAAUGACUUAGAGAAUAGAAUGCAGUCAUCCGUUAGAUAUCUCUUUCAGAAUGUAUUGCUUUUUAAAUCAGGAGACAAUGACUUUCAAACAAAUGGCAUGAGUACUGUAGCAGUCCCUGCAAUUGACAGAUUUCUUUGCCCUAGACGAAUAUCCUUUGACUCAAAACUCUCUUUUGUUUCUGGUGAUUCAUCUGAUGAUGGACUGAAGAAAAUAAAGUUUCAUACUGAGGUCUCCAAUGAUGGUCUUCUCAUCAAGAAAGCAAAACCAACCUAUCUAAAAUUGUCUGAGGAGUGUUAUUCUCUGAGUGAUGUAUUAGAUGCAUUUUCAAAAGCACCUACAUUUCCCAGUAGUAACUAUUUCAUAACUAUGUGGAAAAUUGCCAAAAGUAUGUCCGAAGACCAGAAACGCGUUGAAAAACAACUGAUGUUUAACCACCCUGCAUUUAAUCAGCUAUGUGAACAAAUGAUGAGAGAAGCCAAGAUCAUGCGCUGUGAUCACCUGCUGUUCAGUCUUCAUGCUAUGGUGAAACUUGGAAUCCCUCAGAAUACUCUGCUGGUACAGACUUUGCUGAGGAUAGUCCAGGAACGUAUCAAUGAGUGUGAUGAGAAAUGUCUUUCAGUUUUGUCAACUGUUUUAGAGGCAAUGGAGCCAUGCAAGAAUGUGAACGUUCUUCGAGCAGGAUUACGAAUACUGGUUGAUCAACAAGUUUGGAAAAUAGAACGUGUCUUCACAUUACAAACUAUGAUGAAAUGUAUUGGAAAAGAUGCACCAAUUGCUCUUAAAAAGAAACUGGAGAUGAAAGCCUUGAGAGAACUAGACCGAUUUUCUGUUGUGAAUAGUCAGCACAUGUUUGAGGUCUUAGCUGCAAUGAAUCACCGUUCUCUUACACUCUUGAAUGAAUGCAGUAAGAAGGUCAUAGAUAAUAUCCACGGAUGUCCUUUUAAGAUGCUGAUCAGCAUAUUAAAGUCCUGCAAAGACCUCCAAUACCAUAAUUUAGAUCUCUUCAAAGGAAUAGCAGACUAUGUGGCUACAACUUUUGACAUCUGGAAGCUGAAACAGGUUCUCUUGAUGCUUACUUUAUUUGAAACCUUUGGAUUUCGGUCUAUUGACUUGAUGGACUUGUUUAUGAAGAAGGUAGUGAAUGAACCCGGAUUCCUAAAUGAGAACAACACUGUCACUAUUCUUCAUGUGUAUUCGUCUCUCAACCACUUCCACAAAUACCAGAACAAAGAGUUCCUAGACAUUAUGGCAGGUUCUCUGACGGGUUGCCUUCAUCAUAUCUCUUCUGAAAACCUGUUGCAUGCUGUGUGCUCAUUUUUCAUGAUGAACCAUUUUCCCCUGGCAGCUGUUAAUCAGCUCUUUCAAAAGGACAUUGUCAGUGAGCUGCUGACUGCAGGGAACAUGGAGAGGAAUAUUUACAAGCUUCGUCUUUUGGAUACUUGUCUGCACCUAGCUAGUACUCCUUACCACAAGUCCCCAGACAUAUCACUGCCACCCGUACCAUCAGCGCCAGUACAUCCGAAUGCAAAAGUUGAAGAGAUGCUGAGUAUUCUCCUGGGAGGUGAAGACCGCUUCUCAAAAAACGUGCAGUUGCCACAUAAUUAUCAUAUUGAUUUUGAAGUUAGAAUGGAUACUAACAGGAGUCAAGUUCUUCCAUUUUCUGACAAGGAUGUGGUAUCGUCUGCUGCAAACACUCAAAGAGUAGCUGUGCUGUGUGUUCGUAGAUCUAGUUACUGUUUGGGUUCAUCCCACCCCAGGGGAUUACUUGCCAUGAAGAUGAGACAUUUGAAUGUAAUGGGCUUUCAUGUGAUCUUGGUCAAUACUUGGGAGAUUGAAAAACUAGAGAUGAAGGAUGCAGUCACAUUUCUGAAGACUAAAAUCUAUUCCACAAAUCCUACUGCUGAUGUAGUUUUGCAAAAUACAUAA